AUGGAUCAGCAGGAAGACUGCACCGGUCUUGUCCGGUUUCGGUGUCGUAUUCUCUCGUACUACUGGUACGGUAGUAUCAAGUUCGCCACGGAUGCAUGUAUCAACUUACCACUCUACACCUGCGCGCGCACGUUCUGCUUACACAACCCCAGGAACAUCUUCGUCCGACUCAACACCAAAGCGACGCUAGACCGCCAGCGUGCGCUCGUGUGCGUGUUGGCAUGUCCGGUGACAGCCAAGCGGAUACUUUGUACCCAAAUGUUCGCCCUGGACCUUAGUGUUGGCAGCAGCCGAGGAAAAUCAACAACAGAAGCAGCAGUGGAAGGCUCUGGAGAAUCAUCUCCGAAAUCGAUUACUAAGGAUGUACCUUCACCACGGCCCCCUACGCUGCUUCCACCACUACAACCUACACUCCCACUGAGACCACCCGCUUUGUCUCUGCUUAACUACUACAAUUCCUGGAUCCUAAAAGCUCUCGCCAUCGACUGCGGCAUACAUCAUAUCGAAGGAAGCGGCGUCCGCGACACCUGUCACUCGGCGAUCGAUUUGGCUGCCAAACCAAAGGCCAUCGAAUCGACAUUCCAGCGCGGUACGUUCCAAGAACCACUGAACAUCUUCCAAGGCACCAAAAUAGAGUCUUUAGGUGGUAAUUCUCAGACACAGUGGACCCUUCUUUUCUGA